AUGAAUCCUUUAUCUGCACUUCUCUGCAUUCUCCUCUUCUUUUGUCUUCUUUUCACAACAAAAACUUCAAUUGCAACACUUGUAACCUGUUCGUCCGAUCGUCCAAAACCACAAAAAUGCAAAACCAAAAACAAAACCGUUAUUUAUUAUGGCCCAUCCCCCACCUUAGUACCCGACGAUUUGCACAGUUCGAGGCGUGUGUUGCAGGAUGGCGAUAUUCAACGUACCCUGGAUCGUUGUUUUAGUGUGAUACAGGAAUCGAGCAAGGUGUGGAGUGGUGCUACGGCAUCCGCCUUGGCCCAGAAGAAACCAUUGUCGGAAAAUAAUUCCCUACAACUUGCCGUAACGGGAUAUUUGAGUCGUUUCCUUAAACCUUCGGUAUAUGAGAAAAUAAAGAAACGCCAGACACGCUUGGAUCAUAAUCUCUUCGAUGUCAUCUGGCCGGCACUGAGGAAGACUUCGAAAGAACGACAUUUGGAGGAGGAUAUUAAUUGUGGUAUAAUAGCACCUGACUUCGAUGUCUAUGUGGUGUAUCAGGAAUUUUUGGUGCCAUUGAUUAAGGAUAUGCACUGCAUGUCUGUCACCUCCGAUUUUAAGCCACAUCCUCGCAUUGCCUAUUUCCCAAUGCAGAAUGGUGAACGUCUGAACACAGCCUAUUUUGUAUUUGAAGAUGAUUCCAAUUUGGUGGUCCGUUGUCUGGUUGAAUGUUCUAGAAAUUUAGAUACCUUUGAGCUACCACUGAACUUGACCAUUGGGCAAAUUGAACAGGCGGAACGUCUGAUGAUGGCUAAAAUAUUUACCAAUGAAUUUAUAGAGGCCAUUGAUGAAGAGGAACCGGGUAGUUAUUAUACCCUAACAGAAGUCCUUGAAGAUAAUUCCGAGGUUUACGAUAUGCUCAACUCACAUGGACUUCUCAUACCUUUGCUCGAUCAAAAAGAUGAAGUUCAGCAAGCGGAAUCGAUUGCCUUUAAUGGCUCCUUGUGGCCAUAUGGUCGUGGUGUCUAUGUCAGUGCCUCCAACAAUAUGGCCUUGUGGUUAAAUUGCCAAGAACAUUUACGCAUAAUAUCCACCACCACAUCCAAAGAUGCUGCUGAUAUUGGUUCAGUCUAUACCCGAGUUGGACGAUGUAUAUCAUUUCUCGAGCAGCAAUUGCACUUCAAAGAAAGCUAUCUACUUGGCUAUUUACAAUCUCGACCAUCCUAUUUGGGUACCGGCCUAAAAAUGACCACAAUUGUCCGUUUGCCAAAUCUCAUGAAAGAAAUGGACAAUUUACGUCAUCUAUGCUCCGUACGAGGGCUGGCCCUCACCACCAAUCGUCAAUCGAAAUUGAGUGUACGCCUGAUAAAUAUGCAGUCUAUGGGUUCCGUGGAACACAUACUCUUCCAGGAUUUUUGUACGGCUGUAACGAACAUCCUGUCGCUGGAAAAGGAUAUGUCGCUGACAAAUUCCAAACACAUUGCCUCAAUGUUGGUGAAAAUAUUUCGUCGUAAGAAAAAUAGUUUAGCUGAUCGCCACUAA